AUGUCGUUGGUCCAUUUGGCUAACCUUUGUGCACAUAUCAAAAAUUGCACCAAUGUGCAUAUUGCAACAACCUCUGUUCCAUUUUCUCGCUUGCAUUUACAGAUCGCUUUAGGGUUGUACAAGGAAGGUUUCAUUUCCUCUGUUCAAAAGGGCUCUACUUCUGGUCCAGACCAGACACCUGUCGAGGUGACACCAGACAAUAUUUCCACACGCCGGUUGUGGUUGGGGUUGAAAUACAGAAAGAAUAACCCCAUCAUAAGGGAUUUCUCGAUGAUUCUGAAACCAGGUAGAAGAGUGAACUUGACAAGCACAGAGGUUAAGGCGUUGGCUUCAGGCUUGCCUGUCAGAUUCAUCAAGCCUUUACAACCAGCUGAAUGUGUAUUCGUGAAGACUUCGAAGAAGGAGGUAGUGGAAAUCCAGGAAGCUGCUAAGAGAGACCUUGGAGGUAUGGCUUUGUGUCGGGUGAAGUAA